UCUCUCUCUCUCCAUCCCUCCCUCUCUCCAACAGCCUCUAGCAAUGACAGACCGUCACCCUGGCCCAGGCCCAGUUACCAGAAGCCCAGGCCCAGUUACCAGAAACCCAUCAGGGUCCGCAUUCCUCAGGAGGUUCCAUGGCCAAACACCCAAUUCAACCCAAGUAGUCGGGUUCUUGACACUCAUAAUCUCGGGUGGGAUCCUACUCCUUCUCACCGGCCUCACACUCACCGCUACUGUCCUGGCUCUGAUCUUCUUUACGCCGUUGAUCAUCCUAUCCAGUCCGAUAUGGGUCCCAGCUGGGACCGUUCUCUUCAUUGCCAUCGCUGGCUUCUUGUGGAUGUGCACGAUGGCUUUCGUGGCCUUGGCAGGAGUCUCAUGGACGUACAAGUACGUGAGGGGGUGGCACCCGCCCGGCUCGGACCGUGUAGACUAUGCGAGGAGCCGGAUUGCUGACACGGCUAGCCAUAUGAAGGACUAUGCUAGGGAGUAUAGUGGAUAUUUGCAGAGCAAGGUGAAGGAUGCAGCCCCUGGUGCUUGAACGGUGAGAUAUGUGAGUUUUGUUUGUCCUUUUCAUCAACCUGUCUCUGUUUUUUUUUUUUUUUUGGGAAUUUUGGUAUGUGACUUUGAAACGAUUGUUGCAUGCAUUUUGAUGGCUGUGAUCUAUGCAUUUUGACGGGUUUUUUGGUGUAUGAAUGAGAUAUAAAUGGAUUUUUGGAAGAUCCAUUUGAUUA